GCUUACACAACCUCUUUCUGGUGGUUGGAUAAGUAUGAAGGAAUGGAAGGAGGAGAUGCAGAAACACACAAAACAACAAACAGGACCAACUAACCUGAGAAAAAGGAACAAUCAGACAUGAAAAUGACACCCCACCCACUCCUAAUGGUGUUCUUGCUCAGUUUUGUCUUUCACACACCGACACUGAGUGAGACGCUCAUGCUGAAGCCUCCUGAGCACAAUCUGUUCAACGGCUCUCUGUACGCCACGUGCAGGAUGCGACCCAACAACCAGCUGGCGUCAGAAAUGCCUAGAGUGUACGGACACGUCCUGUUUAAACAAACCGGGCCAGCGGAGAGCUUACGGGUGAUGUUCAAGCUGUACGGCUUGCCUGCAUCUAACUCUCAGUACCGAGCAAUACACAUUCAUCAGUACGGAGAUCUCAGCGAGGGCUGCACCUCCACCGGCGGCCAUUACAACCCGGGAGGAGUCGACCAUCCGCUUCAUCCGGGGGAUUUCGGAAACUUUAUAGCCCGCAAUGGGAAGAUUCGCCGGUCUGUAGACUCCAAAGCCACGCUCUACGGUGAGUUAUCGGUGCUCGGCCGUGCUGUGGUGAUCCAUGAGAAGAAGGACGACAUGGGACGAGGAGGAGACGAAGGAAGUCUUCUGCACGGGAACGCAGGAGGACGACUGGCCUGCUGUGUGAUCGGAAUAAGCAGCAACAAAUUCUGGAAUAAAUCUUACCACUGAAUUAACGUGGGGUUGAGUCUGUACAUACGGGUCUGGUGAUAUAUCGGUCUGAUGGUCUAUCAUGAUAAAAUAUAUCAUGGUGUCAUGGGGUGGGACGACAUAUUGAUAUCAUGAUUAUGGAACCGUUAUGUAAACAGAGGGGAUAUACAGUACAAACAGAACAAAAAAACAGAAAACAAAACAAUAUAUCUAUCUCUCUCUCUCUCUAUAUAUAUAUAUAUAUACAAAAGUAGAAGGAAUGAAGAAGAAAAAUAUAUAUACAUAUAUACUCAUUUUGAGCUUCUUAAUACUAAUUUAUUUCUUCUCCUUCUCUAUUACUAAUUCUUUUUUCCAUUUUCAAUUUGUGUCUACCUUCUAAACAGGCAUCUGUUUCUUCAUUUCUUCAUUUUAUUUGUGUUCCCUCGCUCAAAUCGGGCUGAGAAGGAACCCCUAAAGAUGGAAACUAUAUAAAUAUUGAUUAACUUUGUUUGUAAAUCUUAAACCUUAAAUUCUUCAUGGUCCUUAUGAAGAGGCCGGGUGGUGAUGGGGUUAAUCACUGAAGAAAUGAAAAGGAAAAACAAUGCAGUACCAUCAUAAAUCAUCUGCGACAUGUUUCUAAACCCUGAGUCAGAAAAAAUCAUCUCUCUACAAUGUUAAAAAAAUCUAAUUAAAUCAUUCUGGACAAACUGAUUUAAAACAACAACAAAAAACAAACCAUCAGUGUUGGUUAAUGGUUUAUGUAAAUGUGCCUUUUCUCUUUUAAUCCAGUUCGAUUAAUCCCGCUUUAAGCGUGUGAUAAAUAAUGUGGGAUUCUGUAUUGAUCUGUAUUUGUCUUUUUAGAGCUCUCCUUGCAUGUGACCUUGUGUUAUGUUUGGAGCCUGGGUCAUGUUGAACACCAUAAUAAAAUGGAUAAAAAUGGA